AUGGCGGAGGCAAUAGUUGAUCAAAUCACAACUUGUCUUGUUUCCCCAACUUCGACAUAUCCCAGCACGCAGGUCAUGAACUAUGUCGACACACCGAAUAGCAACCUGAUGUGUUGCAUAUGCCAUGCACCAUUCAUCGACCCGACAACGACGAAAGCAUGCAUGCACACAUUCUGCCGCGACUGUAUCGUAGAAGCGGUCAAACACGCACCACAGUGUCCUAUCGACCGCUUUCCUCUCUCUCCGGACGACCUCGUACCGGCUAACCCCAUCGUGAAACAUCUGGUCGACGAGUUGAUUGUCGAGUGCUCGCAACGCGAGCUGGGCUGUGAGCAUACAUGCCAGCGGCAGCUGCUCGCGUCGCACCUCAAGGACGGGUGUCAAUACGUCACGGUGACGUGCUCGAAGGAGGGAUGCGAGGAGAUCAUCCUGCGCAAGGACAUCGAUAAGCACGCCGAGGAUUGUGGAAGGCGUAUGACCCAGUGCGACGGCUGCGGCGUUACCGUCCGCGUCGGCGAGCUUGACGUGCGUAUACACACUUCCUCCUGCAUCAUCGCUAACACCGGCACCGUCACGCAGAAGCACAACGACGAAUGCCCAUGCAAAACAUUCACAUGCCCAAACUGCCUCUCCGAGCUCCCCCGCUCAGAAUCCCGCACGCACGAGUCGACAUCGUGCCCAGACGCGCUCGUCUCAUGCGAGCACGCGAGCUUCGGGUGCGCGUGGACCGGCACGCGGCGCACGCUCGCGGACGUGCACAGGCCGUCGUGCGCGUACGAGUCGAUCAAGGGCUUCCUCAUGCAUUCCGCGGAGCGGCAGGGCGCGCUCGCUGCGGAGAAUGCGCUUCUCCGGGAGCGCGUGAGCGCGCUGGACGGGCUCACGCAGGCGAUGCGGCGCGAGCUGCAUGCGCUCAAGGCGUCGCUCGGGCCGUGGUAUAGGCCUGGUGGUGGAGAUUUACUGCAGAAUGAAGCGUCGACGUCCUCGACGAACUCUACCUGGUCCCGUCCUACUGUGACUCCGUCUUCGCCUCCUGCAUCUACAUCAUCUGGUGCUGCUUUCUCGGACCCUCGUCUGUCUUUAGCUGCCCCCGAGCCCUUUGACGCAGUAUACUCUACAUCCACAGUACCAUACGAGCACGAAGACCCCCUCGCGUCCUACUUCCCGCCGUCCGAGGACUCCGCACCGCUAACGCCCGCCUCCGCACCCGCCUACGCCACGACACAUACCCGCUCGUACUCGCACUCGCACUCGCACUCUCAAAGCUCAACAACCCCAGCCCACCACGCACACGCCCACCAAUCCCACCCUCACCCCCACGCCCACCAAUCCCACCCUCACCCCCACGCCCACCAAUCCCACCCUCACCCCCACGCACACGCACACACCCUCCCGCCCGCCGCAACCCCCGUCGCGCCCCUAAACCUGAGCACCUCGCUCGAGGGCACCCUCGCGGGCCUGCGCGAGUCCGUCGCCGCCGUCGGCGCGACCGUCGACUCGCUCGCGCGCCGCACGGACAUCGCGCUCACGCACGAGGCGAUGCGCGUCGGCGAGGACGUCGCCUCGCUGCGCUACGCCGUGCAGGGCAUCCGCGUGCAGCUGCACCGCAUGAUGAUGGAUCGCAACGCCCAGGUCACGGGCAGGAUGGGCGAGCCGGGGACGGGGAUGGGGCUGGGUGUAGGGGCAGGGGUUAUCCACCCGCCUAUGCUGUCGCCGCAGUUCCCGGGGCCAUCGCCGGGCACGAAGCUCUGA